ACGGUGUCCCCGGAGCCACGCGCUGUGGGACACGGGGGGGGUCCCGUGCCGAGCCCCGGCGAGGAGGGGCCGCGCUGUUGUCGGGCAGAGUAGGGCCGCGGGCAGCGAGAUGCUGCAACCGGGUUUUUUUUUUCGGCGAGCAGAGAGGAGGGAGGGCGGUGGAUUGAACUUUGUCAUGUCGCAGAUAAGUUUCCUCUGGCUUCUUCUCCCUGUGCUUCUCCCUCCGCCUCCCCUCUGCACGCACGCGGCUUUUUUUUUUUUCUUCUUGUUGUUGUUUCUUUUUUUUUCUUUCUGUAUUUUUCAUUUCUUGUUAUUCUUUGCUGAACUUUCCCUCGUCCCACCUCUCAGCUGCACCCUGGCGGGGGGAGCCGAGCCCUCCUCAGACCACCAGGCCCGACCGCUGCUGCCCCGAGCCGCCAGAAUCCUGCCUGCGGCGAGCUGCUUUGGGGGGGCGUGGGGAACAGCAGUGCCAUCCCAGCUCCUUCUUUUCUCCUGGUGUAGAUAAGCACCUCGCCACGCUCCGUGUUGAGAAUGGAGUCCCACGGCCGAGUCUGGGGCAGCGCGCAGUUGGUGCGCGCUGCCAUUCCAGCGCUCUGCCUUGGGGGGGGGGGGAAGAAGAAAUCUGCUUAUUAACAACAGGAGCAGUUGCUAACUAACGCCGUCUUGUCACCCUGCAGCGCGCAGCACACAGCUGUUAGGGCGGCUGAGGCUCUCGCAUCGAGGGCUGAAACGAGCCCUGCGUUUUGUUACCGCAGUUCCUGUUUUCCGCCGGGUCAGCGUGAGUGAGAGGGAUGCGGUGACUCAGGGUCAGGCCAGCCAUAUUUGUUUUAGGUUCUAAUUUUCCCUUUGAAGAUUUAGGGGUAUACAGUCUUCUCUUGGUGUGCCUGCAUAAUGCCCAUUAGCCUUGACGGGAGUUAGGUACAUCCUGGGAAGAAUGGGCCCUUUUGUUUGUUAGAAACCUAGGAGCAGCAGGAGCCCAUCAUCCCAUCAGCCCGAGGACCAGAGCCGCCCUCACCUGCUGGUGGGAUGCAGCCCCUUUGCUGCCUCUCCCCCUCGCCCCCCCAGCAUCCCACCCUUGGGCAGCACUGCAUCAGUGGUUGGAAACACACUGUUCUCUGGGUACAGUGCAGAGGACAGCUCAAACUUUUCCUUUUACUUUCCUUCUCUCCUCAAAAUCCCAGGCUGGAUGUGGCUCUGGGCAGCCCGGUCUGGUGGUUGGCGACCCUGCACAUAGCAGGGGGGUUGAACCUGGAUGAUCAUUGUGGUCCUUUUCAACCCAGGCCAUUCUAUGAUCCUACGGUUCUGCUUCGCAGGAAGCUGGUAGUUGUCAAACUGUUGUGUGUCCUCCAGUAGUGACUGUUUCCCUAGCCACUGUUUUCCAUUGCCUUUGAUAAGUAGUGACCUUAAAAAAUAUACAUUUUAAGGCAGAAAGUAGCAGGGUGUCUGCUGGCUUUUUCUUCCCCUCACCCAGAGCUGGGCUCUGCAGAUGUUGGAGCAGUGGAACAUCCUGCUCUGACUCAGCUCCUGCAGGUUGUGCAGCCGUCCUUAAUACCUUGCAACACGCACUGCCCCCCUGCCCUUCGUGUUGUGAUUUUGAGGGUGCAGAAGAGGCUUGACGUUUCAAAACCAGGCAGGCCGAGUGUCUUAAUGAUCUUUGAGUAAUAUCCAUAAUCUUCUUCGGUACCGAAGGCAAGUGCAGUGUUUCCCAAGGCAAACAGACCCGGCCAUGCGUCGUGCUUCUCUCAGUCCUUAAGGAUGUUAUCGCUUCGUCUGCAUUGAAGUUGCACUGCAACCGUAACAAUAGCUUGGCUUCAGCCAGCAAAAGUUUCUUCUUAGGCAGAAAUGCAGCUUAGAUUGCUUUUGGUAGGAUUUCUUAUUUAAGUAUAACCUGUUGGUGUACUUGCAUUGUAUAGAUUAAAAACAUAUAGAUAAAUCCCUUUGGUUAUAUUCAUUAUCCCUUGUAAAAGUAGGUGGUGCUUAGAAGGUCAUAGGAUAAGUGUUGCUAAGCAGCUAAACAGAAGGAUGCUAAAAUUAACCUGAGUGUUUCUGUGAGGGAUUCACUUUUUAGGUUGCAAUGUUUUUUUUUCUUAAUUGACUUCAAAUACAAGUUUUUGGUAGUAAAACAUUGGACAGAAAUUACUUAGAAGCACGAAGAAGGCUUUCUGGAGGACUGCGUCAAGCAGUCAGGUUAUCCAAGCACAGAAGUAAUUCCACCCUCCUCCACUAUGCCUAAAUGUGACCAGGAUUGGGCUCUCUCUGCCCUUUGCAAAUGUCCUUGCGGAGUUAACUGCUGCUCACUUCUCCGGGAGCAUCCGAUGCAUGUUGGAUAGCAGCCUGCAGGGACUGCGGAGGCUCCCCAGGAUCGGGCAGAAAACAAGUAAAUCCUGUUAGGCUCAACUCCGUGCGUGUGCAGGAAAAGCCCCCUUGUAGCUUUUUGAUGGAUGAUGCCUGGGUUUGGAAACGCGCGUUCGAGGUGUACGCUCUUGCAACGUGUGAAAUCAUGCCUGCCGCUUCCAGUGCAGUGCAGGCUGUUGUAAAACGAGCGCAGUGUUGGGCCGUGCAAGCGGCGUGAGCCGGCCGCCUCGCCGACCUGCUGCUUUCUGUCUUGGAGGUAAUUGUCCUUGGAGGGGGACGGCAGCGCUGCGUGCGGUUCUCCCGGCGGCGGUGGGAACGCCUGUUGCUCCCUUUCUUUUUCCUUUCCUUCCUUUCUGAAUAAUCCGAGCAAAGUGCGGGAUUACAGCUUUAAAAAAAAGGCCUUCUUCAAGUGUGUUUGGCACGUUGGAGAGGAGCCGGGAGCUGUUUCACGUUCCUCUGAGCGUAGCUUCAUCGCGGACGUAGUGCUCAGGUACCCUGCGAGCUCUUUGGAGGAGGAUCUGGAGGAGCAAAAGUGAACUCUGGGAGUGAGGAGAGUUGCCUUUUGAGAUGCCGGACAGUGAGUUGCUUGCCGCGAGGUGGGAGCUCUGACCUGUCAAGUUGUUGUGCAGAACUUAAUGCAGAUUUUCUCUGGGGAGGCAUAAGAGGAAUCCGUUCUGUGUGCAUUGGUUGGUUUUGAAUAUCCUACGUGAAACAGCAGCUGUGGGAGCUGCCCCCCUGCCUUCCAUUUAGGAGCAUCUCUACAGGCAGGGCUUGGGUACCCUCAGUGCAUCACUGGGGAGCGAUGUUUCCAAAGAGCGAGCUGCUUGUGUAGGGCUGGGAAGGGCCUGGAGCUUGGAGAGGUUUACCAGGUCAGGUUUGGUUAUCAGUGUUCCAUUACAAAUGAAAAUAGGUGAGAUUGGGAUGGGAAGUGCUGGUCCGGCUCUGGAGUACUUCUGAACAGGAAUUUCGGGAGCGUUGCCUCUUUGCUUUUCAGUGCAAGAGCCCUGGUGGCUCAUCCUUGAUGUCUGCCAGCUGUGGCAUUUCCCACCUGAAGUCCUUCCCUCCCCUCCGGCUGUCCCUAUCGCAGCCCUGAGGGCCCGGGAGGUGGUGGUGAGUGUGGGGCAGCAGCACCAGAGCAUCCCAUUCUCCUUCCCCUUCAUGUCUCGCUCCCAGCAGGGUGACUAAACUUGCUUAGAGCUCCUGCUGACGUUUUGUGGUGAAACGUUCCAAGUGCCAAUAAUUGCCAGUUGGAGCAUACGCCGUGGACUCGUGUUGGAUGGCUGGUUUGUCUUGUGCUGCUCUCCUGCAGCAGUGGGAAAGAGUCAGAACAAGGAAAAGGGCCCGGAGAAAAGGGAGAAGAGUCAGUGGGAUCCUGGGCUCACAGCUGCCUCUCAGAUACUUGCUGCAGACAGAGAUGAAUUGUCCAAUGGGGCUGAGCAACACCUGGACCUGUGCUGCCUUUAGAAAUAGCACAGGUGCUCUGCUGUAUCCUGUUGUGUUUUUUUUUUUUUUUAAUAGUGGUAUUUCUGCUUUCAGGUUGGCCAGCCUAGCAAUCAAUAAAGGUGGCUGCCUUUGAAUAGGUGCUUUACACAAAAGAAGGAGUUGAUGGGUGGAGACUGUUUAUUCAGAGUGAUUCAACUAAGUAAUGCUAAGGGACUCUGAAUGCCUCUUUAAAGAUGCAGAGAAAGGCAGCUGUUUUAACAGCAGGAUUCACCUGAGGAGCCCUGGCUAUCCACAGAGAUGCUAGGGGACGGGAAAAGAAAAGCUGCCAGAAUCCCCCAGGGGCGUUGUUAGGCUCCUGGACUGAAACAGGUAUUCCAAGGACCAUUAGGGAGAGGGGCCUUUAACACCUUGAUUGCCAUCUCCUUUGCUGCACCUGGAAUGCAACUUUGAAGUGCCAUCAUUUUCCUGCAUCCGACCUUCCUCAGCAAAAGAAAACCAAAACCGUUUUGUGUUUAAUUUAUUUACUCAUCUGAUCUGGUAUGUUGAAUCUUAGGAUCUUGAUGGACACCUUUGCCUUUGAAGAAGGCAUCCCCUGGUCCUGGUGUCUGGUGUUUCUGUAAAGAUCUGUUUGCACAAGGGAUGUUACUUUGUGUAGAGCCCUCAAAAAGCGUUGGGUGAGCUGCUUUCUUUCACUCUGUGGCCGAAGGACUUGACAGUGCAAUCGCUGUCAGCUCGGAAUAAUGAAAUUCUGACCUUUAAGUCACUUGUAAGUAAAAAGUUAAGCAUCUUAGAGAUGUCUUCCGUGCUGGUGUGCCUGGGUGACUUGCUAAUUUGCCUCUGAAAAUAAACGUUUUUUGUGGUUAAUAAUGGAGGUGUCAGUCCCUGGUAGGUGUAAGACUUCUCCGGUUGUCGUCUUCUGGUGGAGGUCUUAACAGGUGCUGUAGCACAUGCCUUCUCGAUACGGCGCAGACUUGCUUGUAGGUGUUGUAGGAAUGGGUUGUCAGCAUCGUCCAUCCUUUGAGAACAGGGUGAUCAACCACUGACAAACUUUCUUCUGUUCAUUUAGGUGUAUGCCUGCUCCGUAUAGACGAGAGGAACGAAAUGCUCACGCUGUAGCAUGGUUGCCUUUGCUUUUAUCGUGUGUGAUUAGCUGGUUUGAGCGGGAGCCCCUGUUAGUCCCGUUCCAUACAGCAGGUGAUGUCAGUGUGCAGAUGUAUCGGUGCCUGGGAGUGUUCUGCUCGGAGUACUUGCAUCACAGCAAUAAAUUCCAUUCCUGUGUUGAGGCCGUGCUCCUUCACACUGCUAUCGCUGCUGCUUGGACAAGGCAGAACUGCUUUGUGUUUUGCACAUUAAGCAGCAUUACUUCCUUUCAUUUCCUUUAGGGAGCAACGUCGCUUUUAAUUUGGACCACUUGCAGCUUUGGGCAGGGGAAAGAGCUUAGCUGAAGUUCCUUGUUCGCUACACAGAAUGUGCUUUAUCCAUCAAAUGAAAUUCACUGUCUCUCAGCAGAUGUGAAGCGCCAGGAUGGGAAUACCAGUGUGCUGUCCUUCCUCUGGGUGUGCGUCUGAUGGUGAUGCAGUCGUGUGUGUAUUGAGGACAACAGGUGGCUGUGGCAUCUUGUGCAUGCGCUUGCCAGCUUUGUCCCCUCCUUAUCUCCAAAACCCUGAAGAUACCCCGAAUUGAUGUUCGCAUCAAUAACUUGCAGUGCAACACAAAUAUUUUGCAGUCUAUAGGUCCUGAUGCUUUCGGACAGGAGGUAGGAAAGCCGUGGGAGGAGGAUUGCUUUUCAGAUGAAACGCUGCAGGUCUGGAGAGUGGAACUGCAUGCUGUGGGAGAAAUGUAGCUGUGUUACUGAAGGCUCCCUUUUAUGAGGUUUGUCUGUCCGUUCCAGGGAAAGAAGUGUGAGUGCAAUGAUGAGUGCUUCUCAAUGAAGAUGCAACUUACGCCUUGCAUUUAGUUGAUUUGGAGGAUGUGUUUCUUUUGGCCUCUUUUUCUAACAGCUGUGGGUGUCGAUGGUUCUUCUUCCUAAUCAGGUGAUCCAACCAGGUGUCAGUACAACUUAGCAGUUUCCAAGUAAGUUUCAAAACUGUGGUCCUAGGCAGCUUGUGGAACAGGUCCUGGAUCAACGUCCAGCUUUCAUAGCAGUUAGAUGGCUUUUCUGCUUGGGAAGGUCUCUUAGCAGUGCUUGAACUGGCAGGAGCCUGACUGCCGUGUUGUGAAAUGGCCAGAAGCUGUAUCACCAUGCUCCUAAUUCCCUGGUGUAAACGUAGGUUAUUGCUGGAAACUGUGCUUUUCUUUAAGUUGUGAAGAACUGGUUAUUUUCUUGGGAGAAAUCUUGUCUGUCUCCACUUCCUGGGGGUGAGUGAGGUGAUCUGUACCUCCCCAUGGAUGCCACUUGCCCUGGGAGCAAGCCAUGCCCAUUGUGAACUCUGCAGGAAGAAAUUGGUGGAUUCCAUGAGCUCGGCAGGCCUGUUAAAGACACCUCAAGCCAUUCCCAGUCUCUGCUUUCAAAGCUCCUGGAACAUAUGAGCUCUUUAAAUCUAGUGACUGAGGAUUUUGAGGGUUCCCAAGGAAAAAGAAAAGAAAGACUGGAGUAUGUGAUAAGGGUUCUCAUCUUAAAUGCUCAGUAGUCAGCAAAUGAAAGUUGAGGUGUGGGCAGAACUGUCAAGUGGGCCAAGCUGAACACAGAUUGUGUCUCAUUCUGGCUGCUUGGACGUGUUUAAUAAAUCAGUAAAUGUGUAAAUAGCAUGUAGAGGUGGAAAACAUGGCUUCAUUCAAAUCAACAUUCUUUCAGAUCUCACUGGAUGAAGGUUUUAUGUGGGGUAUAUAUAGCCGAAAGCUGCCGAGCAUUCAUAGCACAAAAGAUGCCAGGAAACUUGAAAAAACUGAAACACUAAUAGUGCCUUUGUAUUUUUCUGGUGCUCGAAAUUCCUACAGGUGUACUUAUAAAAUCAGCGCAUCUAUUCUGGGACUUUGUCUGAUAAACAGCAAACUGACUUCGAGCUAUAAUAGCCUGUUUGAUGAAACUCUCUUCUAUCUUGGGUUUGAACGUCACCGAAACAGCAUGGGCAUCGCUGCAUCCCUUUUCUAAAUUGUAGGGGCUAUGCUUUAGCUUUCGUGAAUGCAUUCCCUCUGGUGAGAGGGAGGAGAUUUGUCCUUCCCAGGCCUAUCCUUCCCCCCAGGAAAAGGGGAAUGUGGAGAAUUUUCCCCGAGGAUGGAUGUGGGGCAGAUGGCCCCUGCGUGUUUGGGGGCAGAGUUUUUAUUUACACCCUUGCGUAACUCUCAGUCUCCAUAGGAAAAGAUGUGGGUCAGUAGAUUGGGAACGCCACAGGCUUGCCUGGGGCUGCAGUUGGCCCAAUAGCCAACGUGUGCUGGUUCCUGCCUGGGGUCGGAUGGGAGCCUCAAGUGACCCUGUGCAGGAGGAGCUGCUGAUGCCUGGCUUGUGACUGGGUGCAUUGGCAGCCCUUCUUGCCAGCACUGCCUCAGUCGUGUGACUUGCAUGCAGUAAGUGCUUCUGUUUGUGUGCUCACUGGCUUUCUUUUCAGGAUGAUCUCUAAAAGGUAUUUGGGCCAAAAAUGAUUUACAUUGGGCAAGAAGAUGUCAGCGCGCUGUACGAACUGCACACUGUGUUUGCCGUCCCGGUGGGUAAUUCAGACACAACUCAGUAGCACAGAUGUGUAGUAGGAAAGUCCAGGGUGCUGGUUUAAAAAUUUCCACUAUUUCUGGUAAUGAUUGUUUAUACGAGGUGCACAGUCCGGAGACCCUCAGAGUGAGCGGGUGGUGGUCUUUGUUUAAUUCCCGGUAUACAGAUGCCAAGUGUUACGCUUUGAUUUCCUACACUGUAAACUCUUCGGGGCAGGGAUCAGCAUUCAAUUACCGAGUUUUGAAAAGCCACCUAACACACUGUGGAACUGACCUGCUCAGCACUACCUCAGUAUAAAUGUUUAAUUAUAACUAUCUUCUUACGCCGUAGCGGAGGCUUUCCAGAUAUCAAGGUUGAGGCAUGCCGGGAACCUGCGCUGCUGCUGCCGAGGUGUCUGCCUACGGACAGAGAGCUUUGGUUGCAAGGCAGAAUUCAGAACGCUCUCAUCAUAAAUGCCUGGAGGGACAAAGAUUCAGGAUUGUUUUCUAGGCAGUAGUACACGUCUACAAGUAUAUAUUCAGGAGAUGGUGUGUUGCUUGGUUUAGAGGCAGAAACUCACUUCAAUUUAAUACCUGUCUUAAGGCGUUGCGAUCAGACCACGUCCUUCUCUUUCAUUUUAUCUGUAGGUCUGUAUGUAGAAAUGACAAAUGUUACGAUUCUGAAGUGCAGAAAUUAGAAGGAGAAACUGGGAAUAGAAAGGAAUCACCCCCUCGAUACUUCGUGUUCCCAAGAGUGAAAUGGAGUGCGGUUGCUGGCUCUUGCCAUUCAGAACGUAAUCUAAUUCUCCUGCCUUGAGUGACUUGCAUUGUAGCUUUAAACCGAAUUCUAAACUCACCCCAACAGUGAUGUAUGUAUCAUUUGUUAUGUUUAUACACCAUGAAAGCAUAUGGAGUAAUGGAAACAGCUAGAAAUUAGACCUCCAGAGAAGACUCCCAUUUUAAUCAGGUUACUUACUUGGAUUAAACCAACCCAAAUGUAAAACAUGUGGCUCCCGUACCAAACUGGUUGCAUUUUCAGCACGUCGGGGGUCCGUCUGAGCGAUGUGGGUGCGUUGCAGUAGCCUGUUGCUGUCAGCUCUGCCGGAGCACUUUGGUGUUGCUAAGGUUGGAAUAAGCUGAUGUCAGAUUUUUGUCCGCAGCACGUAGCAAGUAGAGGUCAAACGCUCGCACAGCCGGUGAUACUAUGACUUGUUAAGAAUGUACGCAGCAGGUCGCUUUUCAAAACAUCUUUUGAAAGCAGCCUCUGAGAGCGGUGCCAUGUGUAAGAGACAUGCAUCUUCGUCUGGCAUCAGCAAAUGGAUGCAUCCUAUCACAUUGGGCUGCUGAGCAUGUUUAGUCAUGUUACUGUAAUAAGCUCUGGGAACAGGAAUGGGUUUUGCCCUGCUGCACUCCGUGAAGAUUUGAAUGAAUUUGACUGGUUUGUUCCAGUGCUGGUAUCUGCUGUGUUUGUUCGGGGUACGUGAGAGGAAGGUGAUGAUUUGGUUUCUCGGCUGAAGAAGGUUUCUUUGCAGUUUAGGGCUGCUGACAUUGCUGCACUUAGUUGUACCUCUUCUAAGGAAUAAUAACUUAACAAGAAAUAAUGUGCUAGAGGGUGCUACUGAAGAAGAGGCUGAAGAGCCUGAUGCUACAAAACCUACUACACUAAGUGAGGAGACCAGCAAGCAAGAAGAGAGCCUCAGUCAAUCAGGGGAUAGCAAUGAAGAGAAGCAGCUGGAAACUUUAAACAGUUACAAGGUGACACCAAGUUCACCAAACAGUUCGGACGGAGCAGACUUGUCCUCCAUUGAUGCCAUGAUGUCAGCAGUAAUGAAUGUGGGGAAGAUAGCUGAAAAUGGGGGGACCUCUCAGACUGUCAAAUCUCCCUCGAAGUCUCCUGCACCAAAUCGGAUUGGUAGGAGGAAUCAGGAAACAAAAGAAGAGAAGUCUUCCUAUACCUGUCCUCUGUGUGAAAAGAUUUGCACUACACAGCACCAGCUAACUAUGCACAUUCGUCAGCAUAACACUGACACUGGAGGGACAGACCAUUCCUGCAGCAUCUGUGGAAAGUCUCUGAGCUCAGCGAGCUCCCUUGAUCGCCACAUGCUGGUGCACUCAGGUGAAAGGCCUUAUAAAUGUUCAGUGUGUGGACAGUCCUUCACCACCAAUGGAAACAUGCACAGGCACAUGAAGAUUCACGAGAAGGAUCCAAACAGCACGGCGAGCACAACUCCCCCAUCUCCACUGAAGCGCAAGCGAUUGUCUUCAAAGCGGAAGUUCAGUCAAGAUGCUGAGAUGGACAGAGAGGAAAGGACACCUGCAAAAAAGGUUGUCGAGGAUGGUCAGUAUGGUGAAGGGGAUAGGAAAGAAGAUGACGCUUACCAUUGUCCAGUAUGUUUCAAAGACUUUUUUUGCAAGUAUGCGCUGGAGUCCCACAUGGAGACACAUCCAGAUAACUCACUGAGGUGUGACAUCUGUUGUAUUACCUUUCGUACUCAUCGGGGCUUACUGCGUCAUAAUGCAGUUAUCCAUAAGCAGCUUCCCAGAGAUCCCACUGGAAAGCCUUUCAUUCAGAACAACCCUUCAAUUCCAGCAGGCUUCCACGACUUGGGAUUCACAGACUUCUCCUGUAGGAAGUUCCCCCGCAUUUCUCAGGUCUGGUGUGAAACAAAUUUGCGAAGGUGCAUCAGUGAAUUCCAUCGGUUUAUUUGCGAGACGUGUAACAAGGCAUUCCCCAUGCUUUUGGCACUCAAACUGCACACAGAAACUCACGUGAUGGAUCAGGGAAGAGACAAGCACAAGCUACAGUCCACAUCCCUACCCAGUGAGAACCCAGACCAGAAAGCCUUCAUGGCAUCCUUGGGCCUACAGUACACCAAAGACAUCAAACCUGUCAAGCAGGAGGACGAUACACAAGAUGAGGUCCAAGAAAUGCGGCUCAGAGCACUGAAGAGUAACCUACCUCAGGAACCCGGCAGCACUGGCCUGCUUAGCCUCUCUCCUCUGGAAGCUGCCACUAUGGGAGGGCCAUUUUCAGUCCUCCCACCUACAAAGGAGAACAUAAAGCUCCUCUCGCUGCAGCCUUUCCAGAAGGGUUUUAUCAUCCAGCCUGACAGCAGUAUUGUGGUAAAACCCAUCUCCAAUGAAUCUGCAAUUGAGUUGGCAGACAUUCAGCAGAUCUUGAAGAUGGCUUCUUCCGCUCCUCCUCAAAUCAGUCUUCCUCCACUUUCUAAGGCACCUUCUGUCCCCGUGCAGUCCAUUUUCAAGCAUAUGCCACCACUGAAGCCAAAGCCUUUGGUAACGCCCCGAACAGUUGUCGCAACUUCUACACCUCCUCCUCUUAUCAGUGCCCAGCAAGCCUCCCCCGGCUGCAUUAGCCCAAGCCUCCCACCACCUCCUCUGAGGCUGAUCAAGAACUCGGUGGAGACCUCCUCCAACUCUCACCUCUCCCAGCCAGGAGCCAAAUCAAGUCCUUCCUCACAGUUGCUCCUCCAGCCCAAAGUAGAGCCUUUAACUCAGCACGAGAUGAAGACACAACUGGAGCAGGACAGCAUUAUUGAAGCUCUCCUGCCUCUGAACAUGGAAGCCAAGAUCAAGCAAGAGGUGACAGAAGGGGACCUCAAAGCCAUCAUUGCAGGGGCAGCAAACAAGAAAGCCCCAACAAUGAGGAAAGUCUUGUACCCCUGUCGUUUCUGUGACCAGGUGUUUGCUUUCUCUGGUGUCCUGAGAGCUCAUAUCCGUUCUCACUUGGGUAUUUCCCCAUACCAGUGCAACAUCUGUGACUACAUUGCAGCUGACAAGGCGGCGCUGAUCCGGCACCUGCGGACACACAGUGGGGAGAGGCCUUAUAUUUGUAAAAUCUGCCACUACCCUUUCACAGUUAAAGCCAACUGCGAGAGGCAUCUGCGAAAGAAGCACCUCAAAGUGACCAGAAAGGAUAUAGAGAAGAACAUUGAGUAUGUCACCAGCAAUGCCGCAGAGAUGGUGGAUGCCUUCUGUUCUCCAGACACUGUGUGCAAGUUGUGCGGCGAGGAUCUGAAGCAUUACCGGGCCCUCCGCAUCCACAUGAGGACUCACAGUGGCUGCCAGAAGAAGAAGCCAUUUGAGUGCAAGGAGUGUGGCACAGCUUUUUCAGCCAAGAGGAACUGCAUUCACCAUAUCCUGAAGCAGCAUUUGCAUGUGCAGGAAAGGGAGAUUGAAAAUUACAUCCUGGUGGUGGACUGCAGUGCUCAGGAGAGCCACACAGAUGCUCCUUUAUUGGAGGACAGCACUUACAUGGACUGCAAGCCCAUCACUCCUUUCCUAGAGCCACAAAACGGCUUCUUGCUUGGGACGUCAUCUCAUGUUCCCAUCAAACUUGAACCUAUGGGCAACUUCCCGAUGGAUUUUGAUGAGCCGUUGGAUUUCUCUCAGAAGAGCAAAAACCUGAGUGCUGUGCAAGUGAAGCAGGAGAACCUGCUUGUCUCUUCUCCCUUGUCCUUCUACGACUGUUCCAUGGAGCCCAUUGACCUGUCCAUCCCCAAAGUCCUGAAGAGAGAUAAUGAUAUCCCAGGUGAGGCCAGGAAUCAAGAGCUGGCUUCUUCUGUGAUCACUGAUAAUGCCUAUAACUGUCAGCAGUGUCCUCUGGGCUUUGGUGCCAAUGGGAACUCAGAGAAAAACAGGGCUGUUGGACAUCCCCAGCCACUGAAGGGUUCGUUGCAUUUGACUGUCCCAAUCAUUUCCCCAGCUCUCCUUGGCAAUUCUGCCUUGCUGAGACCCUUGAGGCCUAAACCACCACCACAACCUCUCUUGCCAAAGCCUCCAGUAACUAAAGAGCUGCCACCGCUGGCUUCCAUUGCACAGAUCAUUUCAUCUGUGUCGUCUGCUCCUGCUUUGCUGAAAACGGAGGCUGCAGAUGCCAGUCCCAAGGCAGCGAGCAGCUCCACUGGGUGUGACAAAUCAGGGAAUGCCAAAGCAAAAAUGACAAUCGUGACCGCCAUUCAGAGAGACUCCAACCUUCCCAGUGACCUGACUCAGGCCUGUGAUCCCGAGCCGUCUCCCAUUGCUGACACUGGGUUGACUAAGAAGAGAGGUAGAAAGAAAGGAACAAAAAACAAGCCUAAACUGAGCAGUGGUGUGGAUCUGGAGUCAAGCGGGGAGUUUGCCAGCAUAGAGAAGAUGCUGGCUACCACAGACACUAAUAAAUUUAGCCCGUUUCUACAGUCCACUGACAAUUUCAAGGAAGAAAGCGGCCAAAAUGGAACAAGUGAGGAUGAAAAGGAAACUCCUGAAGAUAAGCUGCUGAGAGGGAAGAGGAACACUUACUCAGACUGCCCGCAAAAAAUAACCUGUCCUUACUGUCCUCGAGUCUUUUCGUGGGCAAGUUCCCUACAGCGGCACAUGCUCACUCACACAGACAGUCAGGCUGACACAGAGGCACCUGCUACAGGAGGUGAAGUCUUGGACCUGACGUCCUGUGAGAAGGAGCAGCCAGAGGAAGUCAGCGAGCUACCAGGGAGUGAGUGCAGCCCCCAGGAGGAGCAAAAGGCUGACUCCCCUCCAGCAGAAGAGGAUGCCGAAGAAAAAGCAGAUGAAUAUGAAGAGGGCCCUGAGGAAGAUUCUGUAAGUAACAAAAGUCUUGACCUCAAUUUUGCCAGCAAGUUAAUGGACUUCAAGCUGGCAGAGAGUGACCAGAGCGCAGGCAGCAGUUCUCAGACUGAAAGGAAACAUGCCUGUGAUGUUUGUGGCAAAACCUUCAAGUUUGCUGGCACUCUUAGCCGUCACAAAAAGGCCCACAUUCGUGAGGACAGAAAAGAUGAAAGGAGCAGUGAGGAUGAAAGCAAAAGCAUCCAGGAUGAUGCAGGAGCUCCCUCGAUGCAGGACUCCGGUCUUGAGCAGGAAGAGUCUCCGAUGGACUUGAAGGUAGUGGAGUCUCCUCUGGACUGUGAGGCAACAGGAAAGGAGAAUGAAGAGAGCGAAAGCAUCUCUGAGGGGGAAGGCACAGAGAGAAAGUCCACUGAGAAGAGCAGUGAUGACAAAAUACCAAAGACUGAUGAGGCUAAGAGUACUGCAAAAGCAGACAAAAGAAAGAAAGUCUGUACUGUGUGCAACAAGCGUUUCUGGUCUCUGCAAGAUUUGACGCGACAUAUGCGGUCUCAUACAGGCGAGAGACCGUACAAGUGUCAAACCUGUGAACGGACCUUCACUCUGAAGCACAGCCUGGUUCGUCACCAGCGCAUACACCAGAAAGUCAAAAAUACUCGAAACCACGGGAAGGAGAGCGACAAGGAGGAGACCCAGUCGAGGUGCGGGGAAGACAGCGAAAAUGAGUCAAGCCACAGUGGCACCAACCCCAUCUCAGAAAACGAGUGCGACUUUGCGGGGGUUGUUGGCAGCCACCCAUCCGGCACCAGAAGCCGAAAGGAGUCCCUGGUCGGAGCGGCCAAGGAUGUGCCCUGCGAAGAGGAGAGGCCGAGCGGGCAAGGAGCCACUGCCGACCUCGUGGAGCCCGCCAAGAGCACACAGAAGCAGCCCGCAAAAGACCAGGAGCCUCGGGGUAGCUCCGAGCUAGAGAGACCGUCGGGUUUCAUUCAAGACUUGCUGGAGAUGCACAACAAAAAGUCUCCCAUGAAUCACAUUCUUGCCUCUGCAGACAGCACGCCUCAGCUCUUGGGGGUAGAAUGACUUGCGAGGAGGCUGGGCCCAUCCCAGCACACAAACUGAAGCCAGCAGAGCAAGGUUUCCAGGGUCUCGUUUCAGAAGAGCGACCUACAGCUGUGGGGAGAGUAUGGCAGACUGGAUGCAGUGCCAUAUGCCUUUCAGUAUAAUAAUGCAAGAGACUACAGUAUAUACUGAUUUGAGUGCCUUACUACUUUAUUAGAUCUUUUGGUAUCAUAGUUUUGGUUUUUUUUUUUUCAAAAAUGAUUUUUUUUUUAAAUAUUUUAAUGAAUUAUUUGGAGAGGACCUUUUUCAUUUAAGCAUUAAUGUUACCUUUUGUAUUGGUGUGUGUGAGCUUGGUCUUGUAUAUCUGAUAGUCUCUGUGUUUGUUCUCUGAGCUGGAAACGGGGCAGUGGGGUGGGAGGCCCUUGGAUACCACAGCCAAUAACUGGAAGCAAUUUAUGUGAAUUUCAUAUGGAACAGUCAGAGGGAACGCAGACGAGAUGCCGAUUGUUGCUUUCUCAGUAGAUGUUCUCGCAUUUGCCACACGGUGGAGCAUUAAGCCUGUUCCAGGCAUUAGCAGCGUGGCAGCCGAAGGUGUUCGGAGUGGUUGGAGCCAAAAGCAGGAAGCGCAAAGAAUUUCAACCUCAUACUUGUUUCCACUUUUCAGCGUUAGAAAUGGUGUUCUAGAUACUAGGGUUUUUCUUCUGGCCGUCGUGGACUGAGUGCGUAUACAGAGAAGAGUUACAUAGCAACGUAACCUAUGGAAAUUAUGCACCCGCUGUUAUAUAUGUUUGAUUUGCUUCAGUAUAUUAUUAUUAUUAUUUUAUAAUUAUUUUAUAAAUUCAUCAGUUUGCUUGUCUCUGCAGUCAGCAGAAGCCAAUGGGCAAUAUUUGCCCACGCAGACGUAUAACGCAGCUUGGAUCCCCCUCUUUCCGUGUUUUGACUUCAAGCUUUCACCAACUCCUCCUCCUGUGUUGCAGCUCUUCUACUGUACUUUAAUCGAAACCCUUCCUCUGACCGGAGAGUCAAUAUCGGAGGCCAGCAGGUUGUCAUCACGGCCGUGCAGGGAACACCCCGCUGCUCGCGGUGCACGGUGCCGAAGGGCGGCCGUCUCCGUGCCGUCACCCGGCGGCAGCGCGCCUUCCUUCGGAGCAAAGCGACUCAGUCUUCCAGUCGAAAGCGAGCAAGAGAGAAAUGCGAGCCUUACCGUCAUCUUGCUACUUACUGUCAUGUUCUGGAGCAAGGAAAUACUACUGGUGAUGAAACUACGGAUAUAAGACGUGUGUUAAAAGUAAAUUAAUUAAUUAAAUUAAAAAAAAAAAAAAAGAAGAAGAAGAAAAAAAAGAAAAAAAGGAAAAAAAAAAAAAAAAAAAGAAGUAGAAAUUCUUCCUGAGAUUUUUGGGGUUGAUGCUUGAAGACUUGAGGUGUGCGUCUAAAUUUCAUAUCAGCAAUUUAACCCCUUUAACGCUGGGAGCUGGGAUCUCUCCGGAUGGCUCCCGUUGCCGGCAACAGGUGCCGCUCCAGCCGCCAAUGUUGAAGGGGUUAAACGAAAUGUCUCCUACUGUAGCUGCGCGCUUUUGGGAGCGGGCGGCGUUUUUGUUGUUGUUGUUCUUGUUGUUGUUGUUUGUUAAUUGUCCUUCAGUCAUGACCUCUGGGACAGACAGAGCCAUAAUAGCGAUGCCGGAGCCUCACUGUGCUAUGCCACCACUCAGCCCCAACCCGCACUGUGAUCUCCCCGCCCCGCAGAUCCGCUUUUCCUGCUUUCAUCAGACAUGGAGGACGUGGGCCUCGGACCCAUGCUAUAUUAUAUAAUAUAUAUCUAUAUAUAGCUAUAUCUAUAUUAAAAAUUCUCCGAAAGUUUCUGGAGACUGAAAUGUAACUGUCUGGAAUUCAAAGGAAGAGAAACUUUCUUGAGUAAUAUUCUUGCAGAUAGAAUAAGAGAAGAAUGGUUGAGGUAUAUGUGAUUUCUAUUUUUUGCUUUGUUGUUGUUUUUAAAUAGGGAUGUUUGAACCAGUUCAGAAACAAAGCUAACGCCAGAGAGUCACUCAGAACCAAUGAUUCACUAAAUUCACUACCCAGGUGCAUUCUACUUAAUUAAAACCAGUUCACGCAUCCCUUAAAUCGUUAUUACUAUUAUAAUUAUAAUAAUAAUAAUUAUUAUUAUUAUUUGGGGUAUUUUUUUUUUGUUCUCGUCGUUUGUUAUUUUGUUUUUUUGGUUUAUUCGUUUGUUUUUUUUUUUUUUAAUUUGUUUAUUUGGGGUUUUUUUUUUUUUUUGCAACUCUCCACACUAAACUGCGCAAUACUGUGGGGGAGAAGCCAUUACUAAACUAUAUGCUGCAGAACGAUGUAGCACGUAAUGAAUUCCCAGCAGCCUGCCGGGACAUCUGCUAGCAAUAAUCACUAUUGAGUUAAAGCUUUAUUUAGCCUUUAUCUGUAUCCUAGUAGAGUAUAAGGUCUUGCCACAUCUUAUUGACAUUUUUAUUAGUUGAGUUUGACUGAGAACUGUUGCUGUUGUUGGGUUGUUUUUUUUUUGUUUUGUUUCCCCUCCUCCCCCAAUAUUAAACUGUGAAAUUUAUAAUGUGUUUAAACUAUGGGUGAAUCUUAGGCUUUAGUUUGCAUGUUCAGCUAAUUUGUCUCUAUACGAUUUUUGUUUGGAUCUUUUUAUUUUUUAUUUUAUUUUUUUUUUCCUCUCUCAGGGCUUUUACAAAACAAACAAACAAACAAACAGAAAAGGAUCUUCUGAAAUUCUUUUGCCUGAGUUGCAAUGGACUUAACGUGGAGAUAAUUCAAUCACUACAUCGAGCACUUGACUGUGAAAGCGCAAAAAUGAAAUAAAGGAAAAAAAAAAAAAGGAAAAAAAAUUAAAAAAAAAAAAGCAACCCCUUUUUUUGAGGCAAUUCUGAAAUAACUUUUCGGGGCUACGUGAGACUGAUUCCAUUUUCAGAAUGAUUCGUGAUUUUCUCUCUCCUCUGUGUGUCUCCUUUCUCUCUUCUCUCCCCACAAAGGAAGGUUAAUCCUAGUGAUUUCAUCCCAUGCAGGAAACAGUAAUAAAUAUGUAGAAUUCAUAUUUUUCUAAAGGGAACUUAAACUGCUGCUACGAAUUGUGUACAAGACUGGUUUAUGCCACAUGAACAGAGAAUCACACAUUUGUUUUGGUACUUUUAUUCCUCUUUUUAUUCAGUUGUACAGUACUUCCAAAUUCAAAAUAAAAGUUGUUCUGUAUCAAACCAUCUAAGCAAUAAAAUGUUAUAUUUAAAAAUUA